AGCAAGUGCGUAUGGUGGUUACUACAUCCGAUUCGAGUGUGGCCGAACUUUUCCGAAUCUGUCUCCGAGUCCUACCCCGAUUCCACUACCGGAAGGUCGUAUAUAAAGUGUUGUGAUUAAAUUAUCCACCAUCAAAGCAUCAUUUACAUCCAUCGUGAGCACAUCGAGCCCGUGAGCUGAGCAAGUUUAGAACGUGUCGUCGAGAUGGCAUUCAAAAUUAUGAUUUUGUCGGCCGCCCUCGUUGGGCUGGCUGUGGCUAAUCCAGCUAGUCAACCCGCUUUCUGGAAGGGAACCCCCAUGGAUGGAAUGGUCGAGGAGAUGCGGUCCAUGUGCAGCUCGGACAACGACUCCGGUGCCUGUUUGAAGUACAAGAUCAUGAACUUCCUGGACACCGUCUUCAAAAAGGAUAACUUCCAGCUUACCGAUGACGUCGAAGUGCACGGAAACGGAUAUACUGGACUGGGAGCUCGCAGCAACAAUGGGGUUUUGGACAACGUCGAACAGUACCUGAAGAGCCACGAUGUCACUUUCAAGCUGCCAGUUGCCGAUGCUAAGGUCACCGUUUCGCCACGCAACAUUGACAACGAAGAACUGAGCCUGACCGUCAGCUUCCCAAAGACUUCUGGACGUAGCGCUGUUGAAGCCCGCAAGUCCAAGCUGAAGAAGAUCGUCAUCCCAAUCAUGGUGUUCGUUCUCCUGAAGGCCAUGACUCUGAUCCCAAUGGCUCUCGGUAUCUUGGGACUGAAGGCCUGGAACUCCCUGCAGCUGUCCUUCUUCUCAUUCAUCGUCUCGGUCGGUCUGGCCAUCUUCCAGCUGUGCAAGAAGCUCGCCGUUGACAACCACCACCCACACAUCGCCGCCCAUGGCCCAUGGGAUGCUGGCCGAUCGUUAUCCGCUGCUGUUCCAUCCGUGCCUGAAUUCGUUGGACAGGAUCUGGCCUACAAUGCCUACGCCUAAGAGACAAUCAGCGCAUCAGCAGGAGAAUCGAAAUCAAUAAGACUCAAUGGCAUUGCUCGGUUGCGAGCAGUGCCGGUAGCGACACCAAAAGUGUAGUGCGUGUAGUAUCGAAUUAAUUUAUUUAUUUAUUAACUCUUCACGCAAAAUGAAGAAUGCUUUGUUGAUACGAAUUUGUUGAAGUGCAAUAAAUCUACGAACGAAUGUAAAGUGGCUUUGAAA